AUGAAGGUCUUAUCGAUAAUAUUUGUGGUUGCAUUUUCAACUAUGGUAUCAUCAAAAAAUGUUAUCAACUUACAAGCAUUAAAAGAUUCAGGUAAAAUCGACAAAAGAGAAGCCGAACCUAAAAACAUUGCCAAUUUACAAGCAUUGAAAGAGAGUUUAGAAAUUAUAAGUGAGAAAAGAGAAGCUAAAAUCACCCCAGAUUUGGAAGAAUUAUUUAAAUCAUUGGGAGAUUCUAAAUUUAAAAGAGAUGCUAAAAAUACACCGGCUCUUGAAGAAAUUUAUGAAACUUUGAGGGAAAUUAGUACAAGAGAUGCAAAAGAUAUCCCAGAUUUUGAAGAAAUUUUUAGCAAAUUGGGACCAUCCGGAAACAAAAACAAAAACAAAAGAGAUGCUAAAAACACACCGAAUUUAACUGAUAUAUUGAAUGCAUUGAAGGAUGAAUCUACCAAGACAAAGAGAAAAGAUACAGUAAGUUUGUCAGAUUUUGUUACCGAAAAUGACUCAAAAUCGAAAAGAGAUGCCAAAAACAAAUUCAACAUUGAGCAGUUUGCAAAAUCAAAUAGCAAACGAAGUGAUGAACAACAAAUUUUAGAUGGCAGUAAGGGUGAAGAAGAGUCUAAAAACAACGACUUGAUCUUCACAUUUAACGCAUCUGACUCUUUCAAUAACUUAUUGCAAUCCAUCUUACCUCAAUUAAAAUCAAUCUCAAUUUUUGCUGGAUAUAUUAGGGGCAAUUCAAAUUUAAAUUCUAAAACAGAAAGUUUGGACUCAAAUAUGCUAAUCAUAACCCCUACUGAUGAUGCUAUUGAAAACAAAUUAUCAAAUUUAAAACCAUGGGAGUUUCCAAAAAAUAUAGAUGCAGUAACAGGUGAGAAAGAGCAAGAUUUAAUAUUACAGGAUAAUUUAAAUAACUUUUUGAACGGUCACAUUGUUACUAAUUUUGAGAAUAAGAUUACUAUUGAGAAUGAUGAUGAAAAAGGGAAUGGUAAUAAAAAAGUCGUAUUGACCACUUUAGAUAAUGGUGAAAAUUUGAAAAUUAAACAAGAUUUAUUGACCCAAAGGUUCUACAUUAAAGCUAAUAAUCUAAAAUGGAUUCCAGUUGAUACUGUCAAACAAGUUGAAAAUGGUUUGAUAUUCGUUAUCAACGAUUCCUUAGUCAAACCUUAA